AAAAAUAAAAUAAAAAAGGAAAGAAAAAGAAAUGUCUAUUAUCUGAGACCAAUUAAUGCAUGUGAUGUGAAGAAGCUUUACAUCAAAUUGUGAAUGAGGAAGUUGAGCAAAAAAACAGUAUAAUUGGGUAAUAGCUCAGCUCAGUUCAGUUCAAUAGUCCAUAACAUUGCUUCGUAGUUUCUUUGUUGUGAGAGCUAAAUGGAGAGUGAGUUAGAAGGAAUGAGAAAAUAUUUCAAAAGUGGAAAGACUAAAGAUGCUUCUUGGAGGCUCUCUCAGCUCAAAGGUUUGCUUUCUUUUAUCAAAGAAAAAGAAAAAGAAAUAUUUAAGGCUCUGAAGGAGGAUUUAGGGAAACAUCAUGUUGAGGCUUUUAGAGAUGAGGUAGGAACCGUAAUAAAAUCCAUUAAUUAUGCUUUGAAAAAUCUGGAAAAAUGGAUGUCAAGUGAAAAGGCUCCGCUGCCGAAAAUUGCACUCCUCUCGUCGGCAGAGUUGGUUCCUGAGCCUCUCGGUCUUGUCCUCAUCAUAUCAUCCUGGAAUUUUCCUUUAGGACUGUCCUUGGAACCACUUAUAGGAGCAAUAGCUGCAGGAAAUACAGCGGUUUUGAAGCCAUCGGAAUUGGCUCCUGCUACUUCUUCUCUUCUGGCAAAUACUCUGAUCAACUACCUUGACAAUAACGCUAUCAAAAUCAUCCAAGGAGGAUCAUCUGUCGGUGAACAACUCCUCCAUCACAAAUGGGACAAGAUUUUCUUUACAGGCAGCGCCCGCGUCGGUCGUAUAGUGAUGUCAGCAGCUGCGAAGCAUCUAACACCAGUUGUUCUUGAAUUAGGUGGGAAAUGCCCUGCUGUUAUUGAUUCCUUAUCGUCUUCUUGGGACAAACAGGUGGCUGUGAAUCGAGUUAUUGUAUCAAAAUUUGGGAACUGUGCUGGUCAAGCUUGCAUAGCAAUUGAUUAUAUUCUUGUGGAGAAGAGAUUUGCUUCCACUUUGGUGGAAUUAAUGAAGGUUGCCAUCAAGAAUGUGUUGGGGGAUAAUCCAAGAGAAUCAAAUACCAUUGCAAGAAUCAUUAACAAACAGCAAUUUUUGAGAUUGAAAAAUCUUUUAAGCAAUUUGAACGUUCAAAAGUCUGUUGUCUAUGGUGGUUCAAUGGAUGAAGAGAAUCUGUUUAUUGAACCGAUAAUCUUAGUAGAUCCUCCCAUUCAAUCAGAAAUAAUGACAGAAGAAAUAUUUGGUCCACUGCUUCCUAUAAUUACAUUAGACAAGAUUGAAGACAGUAUUGAAUUUAUAAAUUCAAGGCCUAAACCACUUGCAAUUUAUGCCUUCACCAAAAGUGAACCGUUUAAGAAGAGAAUGAUAGCAGAAACAUCAUCAGGAAGCUUAGUAUUCAAUGAUGCAGUUCUUCAGUAUGCAGCUGAUAGCUUACCAUUUGGUGGGGUUGGUGAAAGUGGAAUUGGAAAAUACCAUGGAAAAUUCUCCUUUGAUGUGUUUACACAUUACAAGGGAGUUCUUAGGAGAAGCUUUUUAACUGAUUUCUGGUAUAGAUUUCCUCCAUGGAAUGACCAUAAAUUGUUGCUGUUUCAUUAUUCUUACAAUUUUGAUUAUUUUGGGUUGCUUCUUGUCAUUCUUGGCUUGAAGAAGUCCAAAGCUGGGACUUAGAAGUUAGCAAGGCAACUCGCAGAUUCUGAAAUAAAUUGUUUUUCUGUAUUGAUAUUGUCGUUAAAUAAAUUGAUUAGGGUAAUUUCAUGUUGAAGCUUCAGUUAAGUUUGAACGAGUUCACUGAAUUUGUGAAAUUUUUACUGUAUAAAGUUUUUGAAUUUAAGGCAUUUCAUUUCUUAUGUA